UUGUCCUGCGCCUGGUUGUGUCUGGCCUGAGUUGGCUUCCGGGACGUCACCCACGGGGAGGUAAGAUCCAUUGUCCCAGCUCGAAGUUGAAUUUCCACGGGGCAAGCAGUCAUCACAUGAAUCAGUAAAUAAAUACAAAUAGAAGUAUCGGCUUUGAAGGAACAAAACGGAGGAAUAACGAGAUGAUUGCAGUCUGAAGAGGUGAUAUAUGAGCCAAGACUUGAGGAUGGGAAGGAGCAGAGCUAGGCAAAGACGGAACUGAGUGUCUCACAGAGAGAGAAGAGGCGUGUGCCAAACCCCUAAAGAAACUCUUAAGAAAGGCCAGUACCCGGCUGAUGGCAGAUCAGGCCCUUUGAUGACUGCAAGAAGUCUGGAUUAUGUUCUCUUGGCUAUGGGAAGCCCUUUGAACUAUAACUCCACUUCCCUGCCCCGUGCAUUCGGGGAAAAGAAAAGGAGUCCAAGAAAUGAGUCUUAGUGACUAGAUCUUUAAAAGAGGAGAAGGAGCCUUCUUCAGGAGUCUGGAAAGCAGAGCCGGAAAGAUCAGAGGAAAACCAGAAGCAUGUGGUUCUUGCUGGACCUGGGGAUUGUAGUGGUGUAGACUCCAGUUCACAUAGUGAACAUUGUUUUAAAAGCAGAUGCGGCUUGGAUCCCGAGUUCCCUAGUUGUUGUGGCUGUGGUCUGAUUCUACCCCUAGCCUGGGAACUUCCAUAAUGCGCAGGUGCGGCCCUAAAAAGCAGAGAGAGAGAGAGAGAGAGAGAGAGCAGGAUCCUGAGCAUAUGAAAUUGAAUAAAUCCUUCACUAAUCAUCAUGGAGCCUACAUAUCCUCUUGCCGGACCCCAGAUGAAUAACAGGUUUUCUUCAAGCAGAAUGGUGCCUUUCUAUUUUCCUCCAUCAAAAUGUGCACUUUGGAAUUCAAUGCCAAUUGGAGAUUUCAUCUACUUACAUCUCAAUUACUACAGAAAUCCAAAGCUCGCGGUAACGGAAAAGGCCAUCCGACUUGCUUGUCGUCAUGCUAAGCAGAAUAAGAAAAAGUUGCCAUGCUUUUUACUUGGUUCUCUCACGGUAGAUGAAGAUGAAGAGAGUGUGACAUUGACAAUAGAUCGUUUUGAUCCUGGUCGAGAAGUACCUGAGUGCUUAGAGAGAAUCCCUACUGCUUCUCUUCCUGGGGACUUUGUGGUUCCUUGCAAAAUUCAUACCCAAGGACUUUGUUCAAGAGAAAUGAUAGUUCACAGUUCAGAUGACUUCAAUUCAGCUUUUAAGGCUCUGCAGCACCAUGUCUGUAGCAAAGAUUCCUUGGAUUGUGGUAAAUUGCUCUCCCUAAGAGUUCAUAUCACUUCCAAGGAGAGUUUGGACAGUGUGGAUUUUGACUUGGAUUGGGCAGCAGUAACUCUAGCAAAUACCUUUAAAUGCACACCUGUGAAGCCCAUCCCCAUUAUUCCAACAGCUCUGGCAAGAAACUUGAGCAGUGAUCUGAGUAUUUCUCAAGUUCAAGGUACCUAUAAAUAUGGGUAAGUAAAAGACCUAUUUAUCCACAGUUUUAAAUAUUGGUCACAUUAGUAUACUUUAAUGUUAUUCACAUAAUAUGAAGGUGGAGUUUCCCCACGUUGCUGAAGCAGCAUCCUCUCCCUAGCUUCCUCUCGUCAUUCUUAGUUUCUUAGGAAAUGUAAGCCAAAUUGCUUGCUUUCUGAUUCUCAGCAGGGCCGCUUCCCUGAAUCCUCAUCCACUUUUUUUACCCAUUGUCUACUGAGCUAACUUAGACAAUAUAAGCACCCUCUGCUUUAAAGUCUAAGCAUUUUGCUUCUGGCUUCCUUUCCCACUGACUCCACCCUAGUUCCUGUUAGGUCCUGAAAAUGUUUGCCUAUGUACACUCAACUCAAAAGUUUGUCUUCCACAAGUGCCUCUUUCAAAGAGGAUAAUAAAGGAUUUUCUUUUCGCUGGAGGUGGGGGGGGGGUCCCUGGAAUAGCAGGAAAAUUCUCACAUGCUGAUCAGAGCACCUUUGUGUUUGGAGUGGCACAAAGGAAAAGGGGUUGCUAUAUUCCAAAAUCAUGGAAUGGUCAAAGGUGGUAGUGAUCAAAAAAUGUUUGAAUUAAGUUGAACAUUGAAUUCUUGGAGUAAUGAAGUGCUUCUCGAUUGGGACACAGGAGUUUGUGUUAAAAUUAAUUUAUUUUCCUUAGUACCGAUGUCCAUUUGGUCAUGAAGCAGGAAUUUACCUUCCUUUGUGACCUCUUGGCGUGCUAGUAGUAACCCAGGAUGUUCAAUAUUCUAGCUAAUCUAAUUGCCUGUCCCUUUGCCCCUUUCUACCUUGAAUGAUUUAAUUUGUGACAUUUGCCUUUUUCUUUGACUGCAGUCAUAUGUUUACCCUAAUAUUUAUUAGGAUCCAUUAUGGAAUAGAUGUUGUGUUAGACACUGGCAUUGAGUACAUUAAAAAACCAUACUUAACUAUAUGUCCGUUAAGUGUAUUAACAUGUGAACGUGAUGGGGGUCAAUAUAAUGAGGUCCACAUACAGUGCAGAGGAAGCAGGAGGGCGUUUCUAAAUUGUCUGGGAAAAUCACGGGAACUUGGAGCUGGUUUUCUUAAAGAAUAGGAAUUUAUCAGGGGGUCAGGGCAGAAGAGCUCUCAGAGUAGGUGUAAGUGUCAUUGUUUUUUUGUUGUUUGCUUUUUUUAAGUAUCAUUGUUGAUGCAUAAAUCUGCCAACUCAGGCUUAAUCAUCCUCGCGCGUGGUUUGAAAGCGUCAUCAUCUUUGUGUUUUAGGUUACUAUAGCAAUAAAGCACAUCCUCAGUGAUACUGUGAAGACUUUAUGUCACCAAUGGCAUUGUUUUCACUUUUGUGUUUUAAAGUCAUAACAAUAAAAUUUACUCUGGACCGUAUACUAAAUUCAUAUCCUUAAAACUUAUUGUCAGUAAUGAGUGUAUUAACAAAGUAUAAAUGUAAUAUAUAGUCUCCUUUCAGGGAAGAGUGAGCUUUGGGUUCUAUCAUGAUGGUUCCAAAAUUCUUGGACAGUGGUUGCAGGAAUGUAGCUGGGGGAAGGCUGACUAGGCCUCACCUCAUUCGGCCUGGUUCAGUGAGAAGCCACGCACAGCUGCUGCCGUCUUGUCAAGUCAUCUGGAUGCCCGAACACUUCCAGCAACAGGAAAUUCACUUCUCCCAAGGAAACCUAUGUGGUUCUGAAAUUGUCAGCCUUGAUGUUUAAUACUUUUGAUUUUUUAACGUUGACACUUUUAGAGCUAAUUUUUUUUAAAAAAAAAGGUGUAUAAUCUUCAGUGACCACUUUAAUAGAAACUUGAAGGUAUUAAAUCUCUUCGGACUCUUCCUCAAAAUUCCUGGAGUCUUUCUACAGUUUGAACUGCUUUCUUUGAGUAUAUGUGUAUAUGAGAGAAAUUAUUCAUUUAAACCAUCUCCUCUGCCUAAAAUGGGCUUCUUCAGCACUCAGAUUAUGCCUUUUAGGUAAAAGUACAUAUUUCCAAUUGUUUUUACACGAAUGUCUUCUGUUUAGAUAUCUUACCAUGGAUGAAACACGCAAAUUGUUACUUUUGCUGGAAUCUGAUCCCAAGGUUUACUCUCUACCAUUAGUGGGAAUUUGGCUGUCUGGAAUUAUACAUGUUUAUAGUCCUCACGUGUGGGCUUGCUGCUUGCGAUACACGUUCAAUUCUUCUAUUCAAGAAAGGGUUUUUUCAGAAUCUGGAGGUUUCAUUAUAGUUCUUUAUUCUGUGACACAUAAGGAUCCCGAGUUUUAUGAAUGCCUACCUAGUGAUGGCAGGUUAUCUGACCUUCGAUUCCAGCUUCUAACCAGCAAGGAAACGUUACAUCUUUUCAAGAAUAUUGAAUCUUCUGACAAAAAACCAGUCUAUUUUGAACUGAGUGCUGAAGACCGAAAUGCAGAAAGAGAAUUUUUCAACAAGGUUUCCAAGAAUCUUUCAGUUAAGAGAUCUUCGCAGAAGGUAUCUCCAGGGAAAAUGCCAAUAAAUGAUCAUGACUCUGGUGUUGAAGACGAAGAUGUUUCUCCAAGACCAAUUCCUAGUCCUCAUCCAGCGAGUCAGAAGGUUUCUAAGAUCCAGCCAUCAGUUCCUGAACUUUCACUCGUGUUGGAUAGCAAUUUCAUAGAAUCAAAGCCUGUGCCUAACCCACUGGAGAUGGUGAAUAAUGAAAAUCCUCCUUUGUUGACAAACCAUUCUGAACACUUGGAGCCACCACAACCCCAGCUUUAUGGUGAAAAACACAACCCAGAAGCUGAAGCCGAAGAGCCUUCCUUGAGAGGGCUAUCAAAUCAGCUGAACCAGGACACUGCUCCCUUGAGACACUGCAAAGUAAGACAGCCGUCUACCUCUAGGAAAGGAAGCCCACAUAUCAGGAACAGUGUUAAACCAUCUUCUCUUAAUGCACCAUCUCCUGAUGUAUCUGAACAGCUUCAAACAGUUUCUGCUGGAAAUGUACACAAAGAAGAGCAUCCUAUAAGAUCCUCCACUGUUAAUUCCAGGCAGUCUUCUCUCGCCUCACAGUCUCACCCACACAAUUUUGUUUUUUCACCCCAUAACUUAGGAAGAGCAAUGGAGCCUCAGAUACCUACUCCCCCCCCACCAUCUUACUAUUCCACAAAUGUUUGCGGUUGUUGUCAGCAUCAUGGCCCUGUUCCAUAUAGCCCAGUAAAUUCUUGGCAAGGAAUGAGUACAGCAGGAUCCGUUCAAGACCUCCAGUCUGAAGCCCUUCAGAAGCAGGCAUUAUUUCAUCCAGGUGGCUGUCCAGCUCGGUACCAUAAUGUAUUCUAUUCAAGUAGUCCUGUAGCCUUGAGACCUCAGGGAAACAUGGGGGGUUGUUCUCCCCACAGCAAUGUAGAACCAUCGCCUGUGGCAAGACUACCUUCACGCAUGGACUCAUGUAACCCGUGGCCUUGUGCAGUCUGCUUGCACACACCCAAGACUGCAUCAGAUGAUGGAAUGAUGGGACUGUCUCCAGAUGCAUAUAGGUUCAUCACAGAGCAAGACAGACAGCUGAGACUACUUCAGGCACAGAUCCAGCGUUUGUUGGAAGCGCAGUCUCUGCAGCCGUGUUCCCCUAAGACAACCACCGCUGAAGACACCGGGCAAGCUGCAAGACAAAUGGAGGUGGUUUCCAUGGAAGCACAGUCUCCGUCUGCUUUACACAUGAGGAAAAGUGUGAGCAUUGCCGUGAGCACAGGCGCCAGCUUGUUUUGGAAUGCCGCAGGCGACGGUCAAGAGCCUGAAUCUCAGCUGAGGCAGGAUGAUACCAAGAUUUCCAGUGAGGACAUGAAUUUUUCUGUUGAUAUUAAUAAUGAAGUCACAAGUACUCCAGGUAGUGCAUCUUCAUUAAAAGCAGUUGAUAUUCCCAGUUUUGAAGAGAGCAACGAUGCUGUGGAAGAAGAAUUUAAUCAGCAACUUUCUGUAUCCAACAGCUCUUCUCCUCUUGUGAGAAAAGAACCUGAUGUGCCUGUGUUCUUUUCGAAUCCCCUGCUGUCAGAGAGCAUCAGCAUGUGUUUCCAGAGUGGGCCAGCAGAGGGUGCCACUAAUAGCUCUGCACCAUCAGGGGAAUCCAAAACUGAGCAAGUAGUGCAACUCUUGCCUUGUCAACCCUCAGAUAACCAGGAAAUACUCCAGGAUGUGUUGGGUCAAGGGAACCACCCAUUAAAUAACUCCCCCGAAGAAACUGAGCAGCCGUCAGCCAAAGCAGUAAUUAUCAGUCACGAAUGCACCAGAACCCAGAAUGUUUACCAUACAAAGAAAAAAAAACAUGAUUCAGGACUGGUGGACAAAGAUUGUGUUCUUAAUGCAACCCUUAAACAACUAAGAAGCCUUGGAGUAAAAAUUGACUCUCCCACUAAAGUGAAGACAAAUGCACAUAAAGUGGAUCAUGCCAGUGUGUUGGCGCGCAUCAGCCCAGAAGCGGUGAUCUCGGGACUAAACUACAUGUCCUUUGCUAAUGUUGGCGUGAGCGGCGUAAGCCCCAACGGUGUGGAUUUGAGCAUGGAGGCAAAUGCUAUAGCUCUGAAAUAUUUAAAUGAAAAUCAGCUGUCACAACUGUCUCUCGCUCGAUCCAACCAAAACAACGGUGACUCAUCUUUGAGUCUUCUGCAUAUUAAUACAGACCGAAGCACAGUGGGGCUCAGUUUAAUUUCGCCAAGCAACAUGUCAUUUGCAACCAAAAAAUAUAUGAAGAGAUACGGACUCCUACAAAGCAGUGACAAUAGUGAAGAUGAAGAGGAGCCUCCAGACAAGGCAGAUAGCAAGAGUGAACAUUUGGUGAAUCAGAACCUUACCUGCAUAGCUGAACAACUUGACUGUCAGAGAGCGCCUCCGAGGAAUGCUUGUGAAGUAAGUAAUGGCUGCGCCUGUGCUUCCGUGGGUUCCCACACAGAGAUGCCAGUAUUGAGAAAUAUUACAAAUGAAGUUGUUCAGCCAAAAGCAACACAGCAGUGGAACGAAAAACCUGCCUUCUUGUUAAAGAACUUUAAACCGAGUCCUGCAGUGAACCUCCGAACUGGAAAAGCAGAGUUUACCCAACAUCCUGAGAAAGAAAAUGUAAGGGAUACUCCAGUUUUUCCUGAAAGUUUGAAACCUCCUGAAACUCUAAAACAAAUGAACAGUAUGAAUUCAGUAGGGACCUUCUUAGACGUGAAGCGUCUCAGACAGUUGCCAAAAUUGUUUUAACCCUGUAACUCUCUGCCCUCCUGAUAGGAGGAUGGGAUGUCUCCUGAAGAUACUUAGGAAAACCAGAGCCUUUUGAUAAAUUUUGGAAUUCUCAAUCCUUUAGGGACCAUUCCAUUUCUUGGUAGCAGCUGAUGGCAAAGAGCUGAACAAGUGACCUGAUUGUCUAUGAGAUGGCUGGCUAGUAGGAGGGCUAAGUGCUGUUUUUUCAAAUAGGACUGUUCAGCUUCACAGGACGUUUUAAAAAAAAAAAUUCCUGACAUCAGUUAUUUCAACAAAUUUGGAUAAGCAGAUACUAUCCAGCUCUGAAUCUGAAUUGAUCUUUUAUACUGUACAUUUUGAAAAGUCUGUCUGUUCUCCUAGCAUUUUGUAUCUCUGCAUCUACCCAGUAUCACCUAAAAGAACAUAAAAGUUAUCAUGACUCUGACUAAAUUAGCUAAAUCAACCCUUAUUGAAUUUAAGGGGAAAGUUUUUUUUUUUUAAAUAACUUAAGAUCUUUUAUACAUGGAGUAUGUAUGUCCUCUUAAUUAAGAUGUGUAUUUGUUAAAUUCUGUGGAAGUAAAACAUUUGCACUCUGGUGGGUUGAUGUUACUGUAGCAUUUUCAACAUAGAGCACUGGCUCUCACAGAAUAAGCAAACUAUGGUGUGUGAGUGUGUUUUAUAAACUUUGUUUUUCAAAUGUUUUGAUAUUUUUUAAUGGAACUUAAUAAAAAUGUCUACACUGACUACUUUCCUUUGUCCUCAGCUAUAGCAUAUCCUUCUCCACUUUUUAAAAAAGCUGUUUAGACUCCCCCCAAAUUAUAAAAAUGGUAACAGUUCAGGGGUACCCCUCAUCCAGCAACCCCCAAUGAUAAUACCUUACAUAACCAUAGUAAAUGAUCAAAACCAAGAAGUCGACAUUGGGUACAAUAUUAGUAACUAAACCACAGACCUUUGAGGUUUCACAAGCUCCUCCACUCAUUUAUUUGCUUUUUGGUCUAUAACUGGGAACUUUUAUCGCUAUAGAUUUGCAUAACCCACCACCACAAUCAGCAUACAGAACGGUUCCCUCACCACAACGAAACUCUCUAGUGCUGCUCUUUUAAAAUACAGCCUCUCUCCAGCCCUAACUCCUGACAGCCAAUGAUCUGUUCUCCAUCACUGGAGUUUUGUACAUGGAAUCGUAGUAUGUAACUUCUUGAGGUCCGUCCAACUUGUCGAGUGUACCAAUAGUUGCGCCCUCCCCACCUCCUUUUUUGACCACACCCAUAUAGAAGUUCCCAGGCCAGAAAAAAAAUUUUUUCCAAUGGUUAUUUCUGAAUAUAUAUGAAAAAAAAAUCCUUCUUGAGAGGGAAAGCUCUUCUGCUGAAGUUAAAUGUCGUUGCCUCAUAUCAACAUUUGUUAUGUAGGAGUUCCUUGUGGCUCAGUGGGUUAAGGAUCUGGCGUUGUAACUGCAGCAGUUCUGGUCAUUGCAGUGGUGAGGGUUUGAUCUCUAGUCCGGGAACUUCCACAUGCUGUGAGCACAGUCAAAAAAAAAAAA